AUAUAUAUAUAUAUAUAUAUAUAAAGAGAGAAAAUGACGAUGAGUGGGGAAGGAAAGGUGGUGUGUGUGACUGGAGCUUCAGGCUACAUAGCUUCAUGGCUCGUCAAGUUCUUACUUCAACGUAGUUACACUGUCAAUGCCACUGUUCUUAACCUAAAUGAUCCAAAGGAAACAGAUCACUUGGUUGCACUAGAUGGAGCUAAAGAAAGACUUCAUUUGUUUCAAGCAAAUUUGUUGGAAGAAGGCUCUUUUGAUCCUGCAAUGGCUGGAUGUCAUGGUCUCUUUCAUACAGCUUCUCCUUCAAUUUUCUCAGCUUCUGACCCUCAGGCAGAAAUAGUUGACCCAGCAGUGAAGGGAACCCUUAACGUAUUGAAAUCAUGUGCAAAAGUUGCAACCAUAAAAAGAGUGGUGGUAACUUCUUCCAUGGCUUCACUUAUGUACGCAGGAAAACCUAUUGGCCCUGAUGUUGUCGAUGAGACAUGGUUUUCUGACCCUGCUAUUUGUCUGCAUUUGAAGGAAUGGUAUGCACUUUCAAAAACUCUAGCUGAGGAUGUUGCUUGGAAAUUUUCAAGAGAAAAUGGGAUGGAUUUGGUCACUAUCCACCCAGGAGUAGUAAUUGGUCCUCUUAUACCUCCAACUGUUAAUAGCAGUGUCAAGUUGCUUCUCAAUCAAGUAGAUGGACCUCAACCCUUUGGAAGUACAAUUUUUGCAUUUGUUGAUGUAAGAGAUGUUGCAACAACACAUAUUCAAGCAUUUGAAGUUGAAUCAGCUAGUGGAAGACAUUGUCUUGGUGGUAAUGUUGCAAAUCUUUCUGAGACUUCCAAGAUUCUAAGACAACUUUACCCUGAAAUAACAUCUCUUGCAAAAGGUGAAGACUUUCCGAUCCUACCAAAAUACCAUGUAUCAAGUGAGAAGGUAAAAAGUUUGGGAAUUGACUAUAUUCCUUUGGAAGUGAGUCUCAAAGACACUGUGGAAAGCAUGAAGGAAAAGGGUCUUUUAUUAUAAGCAAUUAGUUGAAUAUGUAUUAUUAAUUAAGUGCUCUUAAUUAUUUGUUAGUUGUAUUUAAUUUUGGCUAUAAUUAAUAAUUAUAAUAUAGAUUUGUAUGUUUUUUGAACAUGCAAGUCCUGUUAUUAUAACUUUAUUUAAUAUAAUGCAUUC